CUUCACUCCAUCUUCAUUCCAUGAAACCAUCCCAUAAACCUCCCCCUCAAUCCCUCCCAGCAAGUGACCCUAAAUCCCCUGAGGCUUCCAUCCUCCAGAAGAAAUCAGGAUUUAGGAAGAAAUUUCUUCAUCAAGAGGAGCCCUUCAAAGAGAAAUACGACAAGUAUACUUCUCUCCAAAUGAAUGACCCAUCAGUGAGUGUAAACCUGAGUAAGGUCAAACCCUUGGACCGAAAAGUUUCCUCUGGAGAUGCUGAGAGCAAGAAGCGAAUUCGGAGAAAACUCUCCACUGAACGUAAAGCUCUAGCACUCGACCCAGAUUAUGAGACUAUUUCAAUGAUUGCAGGCGAAAAAGUUAUUUUUGAAGAUGUUUCAAGGAAAUAAGCGUUCACAUCCGAAAGUACACUGUCCGGUCACUGCCAGAAGCAAGAAAAAAAUCAAAGCUUUUAGCGUCAGCUCAAGAGAGAGACAACAGAAAUGUGCAAAAAUACUCAAAAAUUUGGAAUUUCAGCAUCGCAGACCUAUGAAUAUGGAUUGCUCCAAAGACCUCAUGAUUGAUUAUUCUCAUAUGAUCUCCCUUUUUGAUCAUUCAAAGCAAGAGAAACCUAAUAACAGCCAUAUUUAUGAAUCUUCUACAAGUUUUCUAAGUACUGGCAACUCAAACCAGAUAAAAGAUUUUUCGAUCAGGAGCAAUAAUCAUAAUUUCGAAAAUUCUGAGGCUCAUCUAGGUUUCAGACUGCAGACGAAUAUGAGCAAGGUGAAAAGUGCUGGGCCUAGUCCAGCCUCUUCUCCAACUCGGCCAGGAUGUAACCCGAUCAUGACUCCUUCAAAAGGGGUGGUAUCUUCUUUGAUUGAGUUUAACACCCCCUGAAACCCAAAACCAUUGAAUGUUACAGAGCUAAAGAGCCCUGAGAGGCUAAAUGCCAUCUCUGUUCCUCGCCAAAGAAAUAGAUUAACAAGUGAAGUUGCUGAUAAAAGAUCUUCAGCCGGAAAAAUAGAUGCUAGGCUUAGAAACCUCAGAAUUCAUAACUCUACUCUCAAUAAAGAGUUGAUAAAGAGCAUCAACUUCAAUAAUGAUCCUCUCUCUGACAGUCAAAAGGAGAUAGAGAGAAGUGCUAAGCAAGCACUAAAGCUCUCUCGACUGCCAAACAACGAUAUUUUGCGAAAGCAUCUUCCUAAGUUAAAAUUUAAGCUACCAGAAUUAAAUUCUUUGCUAAGAUCUUCAAAUUCUGAGAUUAAGGAGAAGAAUGCCAAAAUGAACUUCAUUAGGAAGAAACUGUCUGUGCAGAAUUCUAGUGGAAUCCCUGAUUGAUUUCUCACCAAUAAAAAUCCGCUGAACUCUGCUAAGAAUUCUUUAUUAGAAUCACCGUUCUUACCAGUCAAGGCAAUGCAUGAGAAUAAGAAUUCUGGCUACAAGAGUAGUAAAUUCCGGUUGAACACCAGGAGGAAUUCCAAGAAACUACUACUGCCAAGCGGGGAUUAUAACUUUUUCAAAAAAGAUUCUUACAUUGAAGGCUCAACUGGAGAUUAUGAGAGUACAGGCAAAUUCAGGCAGACAGCUUAUUUCCCACAGAGUUCAGAGUAAUCUUCAGGGCUAGUACCUCUCAAUUAAUAUAGUUUAUCACUUAAAAGAUUUCAUUUACGAGU